CAGUCAACACCGAGACUCUUCCAAGAUAUGGCAAAGACACUUCUCAUAUUAAGUUUUUUUUUCAUCCUUGGAUAUCCUUGUGCUCUGUCCAGUCAGAGUAAAAGUCAAGAAUCCUGGAUAAACUUAGAGCGUUAUCUCCUGCGGAAUCUAAAGGAUUAUGCUGAAAAAUUAAAGGAAAAAAUAAGCGUUAUAAAUAGCUCCGUGAACGAAUACCUUGAAGAGAUUGAAGAGGCCAAUGAUGACCCCGAGCUGUAUCUCUCCAAUCCCCUAAACUCCUUUCGUUUGAUCCGCCACAUGCACCAGGACUGGGUCUCUUGGCAGAUCUAUAUGGAGAAGGCAGUGGGCGAGAAGGAAGUGGCGAAUAUAGAGAGGCUCCUCGAAAAACUUCCCCAGGAAUUGGACGUUCAAGGAGCGGCUAAAGAUGUCCGGGUAGUGUCCAAGUUCUAUAACUAUGAACCUGCUGAAUUGGUAGCCCAGGACGAAAGGAAUAGCCCGAUUCAUCUAUCGCCUCUGGAUUGUUACCAUUUGGGAUUAGAGCGGUACAAGGAAAAGGACUACAAGUCGGCAGCCAAGUGGCUUGCCGUGGCUGCCAAAAACUUUUCACAGUCGGAAUAUAGUGAUAUUUACGGCCAAAUAGGAGCACCACACUGGCAGAUGUAUCGCGAUUAUGCCAGGGCCUUGGACAAACUCAAUCGCGUGGAAAAGUAUCAAGCCUACGAGGAAGCUAUAAAAUUGGAUCCUUAUAACGUUCACCUCAUGCAGGAGAUGGGUGAAAUGGAGUUGCUUUCUCUAAGGGAUCCCUUGGAUCCAAUUUCCGAUGAUAUAGAUUCUCCAACCAAUGUCCAGGAAAUGUGCCGUGGCUUAAAAACUGGGAAUGGCAAUGCGAAUCGUUUGGUUUGUGAAUACAAUAACUUCGUUACUCCUUUCCUUACACUUGCUUAUAUGCGAUUCGAGGAAGUUACCAAUGAGCCUUACACCAUUAUGUAUCCGCAAAGUGUCUACGAAUCGGAGAUCGAGCAUAUGAGAAAUGUAUAUUCGCGGUGUCCCCCGAAUGCUGUAUUUCAGCUGUACGAGGGGGUUACGGUUUGCUCCGUUUCGAAUGGAUAUAGUUUGGUGACAAAGGGUAUCAGAGAAAGGGUGCUGGACAUGACAGGAUAUAAUCGGGACUCGGACAACUUUUACAUAGUUUCCUACGACAGUCUGGAGCCUGUCGAAGUUCUUAAACUAUUCCGCGCCUUCAGCCAGUUUGCCGACGUAAGAUUCACAGACAUCGAUGCCACUGCCAUGAUAUUUCUUAACGAUGUUCCCUUGGGUGGAGCCAUUAUCCUUCCCGACUACGAGUUCGACAUGUUUGUUCAACCCAAGAAGGGAAACGUCUUGGUUGUCUUUGAUGAAAAAGAACUUGGAACCACUAUUUGUCCCAAUAUAGCUGGCCAUGGACUUGUAAUGAUCAAGUUCGUGUACCAGAAUGAGUAAAAGUUUUUGAAAAAUUAUGGAUUAUUUUGAAACUACAUACUUUUGAUUUCAUUGGAACCAGCCAAGGAUAAUUUUCUGCACUGAAGUUUUUAUUUGCUACGAUUAUUUAUAAUUUAAUUCAAUUUAUACUUUUACUUGUUUUUUCUAUCAGAAUAAAAGGGGGCAAAACUUUCUUAAA